GCAGCGCCCGGCCCCUCCUCGCUCCGCGGGCUUCCCCCGCUGCAGCAUCCCUCCCUCCUCCUGCUCCACCUGCCGCCCAGGCGGGACCAGCUCGGGUCUGACAGCGGAGAGCUGCUGCCCCUCCGUGCAAUGGCCAAGAGGAGCUCUUUGUUCAUCCGGAUAGUUGAAGGGAAGAAUUUGCCAGCUAAGGACAUUACAGGCAGCAGUGAUCCUUACUGCAUUGUGAAAAUCGACAAUGAAGCCAUCAUCAGGACAGCCACAGUGUGGAAGACUCUGUCCCCAUUCUGGGGGGAGGAGUAUGAGGUCCACCUGCCGCCCAGCUUCCACAAUGUGUCUUUCUACGUGAUGGAUGAAGAUGCACUCAGCCGUGAUGACGUCAUCGGAAAAGUCUGCCUGCCUCUGGAUGUGCUGGCCAAGCAUCCCAAGGGCUACAGCGGCUGGCUGAACCUGACAGAAAUCGAUCCCGACGAGGAGGUGCAGGGGGAAAUCCAUCUCCUGAUCGAGAUCCUGGGCAGCAACGUGGCACGGAAGCUGCGCUGCAGGGUGUUUGAAGCCAGGGACUUGGCUCGGAAGGACCGCAACGGUGCCUCUGACCCCUUCGUGAGGGUGCGCUACCACGGCAAGACCCAGGAGAGCUCGGUGGUCAAGAAGUCCUGCUACCCCCGCUGGAAUGAGACCUUUGAGUUUGACCUGGAUGAGUCAGCCACUGAGAAGCUCUGUGUCGAGGUCUGGGACUGGGACCUCGUCAGUAGGAAUGACUUCCUGGGCAAGGUGGUGUUUAAUAUCCAGGGCCUGCAGACCAUCCAGCAGGAGGAGGGCUGGUUCAGGCUGAGGCCAGAUAAAUCCAAGCCAAGAGUGGAUGAAGGCAACCUGGGCUCCCUGCAGCUGCAGGUGAGGCUGCGGGAUGAGACAGUGCUGCCUUCCAGCUACUACCAGCCACUGGUCCAGCUGCUCUGCCAGGAAGUUAAAAUGGGACCAAAGGAUGGAAAAAUACCCUUGAUCACCCUGAUUGAUGAGACCACCACGGCCGAGUGCAGGCAGGAAGUGGCUAUCAACCUCGUGAAGCUCUUUCUGGGCCAAGGGUUGGCCAAAGAGUUCCUGGACCUUCUCUUCAAGCUAGAAUUGGACAAAACAUGUGAACCAAACACAUUAUUCCGGAGCAACUCCCUGGCCUCCAAGUCGAUGGAGUCCUUCCUGAAGGUAGCAGGGAUGCAGUAUUUGCACAGCAUCCUGGGGCCAACAAUUAACCGUGUCUUUGAGGAGAAGAAGUAUGUGGAGCUGGACCCCAGCAAGGUGGAGAUUAAAGAUGUUGGGUGCUCAGGGCUGCACCGGAUCCAGACGGAGAGCGAGGUGAUCCAGCAGAGUGCCCAGCACUUGCAGUCUUAUUUGGGUGAGCUCCUUGCCGCCAUUGCCAAGUCAGUGAAGAUGUGUCCCGCCAACAUCCGUGCCACCUUCCGGCAGCUCUUCACACGAGUGGGAGAGCGUUUCCCCGAGAACAAGCACAAGAACGUGAAGUUCAUCGCCGUUACCAGCUUUCUCAGCCUCCGCUUCUUCUCCCCGGCCGUCAUGUCCCCCAAGCUCUUUCACCUGCGGGAGAAGCACGCAGAUGCCCGUACCAGUCGCACCCUGCUGCUUUUGGCUAAGGCAAUCCAGACCAUUGGGAACAUGGACACUGCAGCGAGCCGCACCAAGGAGGCAUGGAUGGCCCCUCUGCAGCCCACCAUCCAGCAGGGUGUCGCCCACAUGAAGGAAUUCAUCAUCAAGCUCGUGGACAUUGAGGAGAAGGAAGAGCUGGACCUGCAGAAGGCACUGACCCUGCAGACCCUCAUUGUGAAGGAAGGACCACUGUUCAUCCACAAGACCAAAGGCAAAGGGCCACUUAUGUCGUCGUCCUUCAAGAAACUGUACUUCUCCCUCACGAGUGAAGCCCUCAGUUUUGCCAAGACACCCAGCUCCAAGAAAAGCUCCUUCAUCACCUUGUCCAACAUCCGGGCGGCUGAGAAGGUGGAGGAGAAAAGCUUUGGCAACUCCCACGUGAUGCAGAUCAUCUAUAUGGACGAGACGGGGCAGUCGGAGACGGCCUAUCUGCAGUGCAAGUGUGUCAACGAGCUGAACCAGUGGCUCUCAGCCCUGAGGAAGGUCUGCGUGAACAACUCAGAGAUGCUGUGCUCCUAUCACCCCGGUGUGUUCAGAGGAGACAAGUGGAGCUGCUGCCACCAGAAGGACAAGUCAGGUUUGGGCUGUGAUAAAACCCGGCACGGAGUCACGCUGCAGGAGUGGAAUGAUCCCUUGGAUCCAGACCUAGAGUCUCAGCUGAUUUUCAGGCACCUGCUUGGAGUGAGGGAAGCGAUGAGGGAAAAGUACCAGGAGUUGAUGCUGGAGAAAAGGGAAAACGGCCUGAGCCAAAGUGAAGGCUCAGAUGGCAGUACUUGUUCUACCUGGGGUGGAUUUGCUUCUCUCUCAGACAUGAGGGAAGGACACUUGGUGCCCACCAGCCUGUCUUCCAGCUCCCCUAACUACACAGCAGGUCUCGCUAAAGAAAGCACUGAACGUGUGGUUUUUCCAUGUGCAACAGCCCCCGAAAACAUGGAUGGUCCUACCAGGCUCUUCCACGUGCUGCAGGACCUCGAGGAAGCCCACCACAAGGCGAGCAUUGCCAACAAGGACAAGAACUGCCUUGUGGAGCUGCAGACGUGACCGCCUGGGCGAGAGCCAGUCCACCAGGGCAGGGAUGUGCUCUCACUCACGCUAGUGCGGUCUGGUUGUGUCCGUGGGAGCUGCCAACACCAGAUGAAGUAGCAAGGGGGAAAUCUCCUCGUGCUGACUUCUUGCUCGCACAUUUGCCCUGCCACUCAGAAAGUCAUGUAAUGGACUCGGCUAGCUCAGUGUCUCCAUUACUGAAUGGAAUCUGUUCCCCCUCCCUCUCGUGCCCUUGUUAGCGAUGUAUGUCAGUCGAGUGUGGGAUCAGUGUGUGCUGGUUCACUCAGUUGGGAGCAUGGAAUUGCCCUCAUCUCCCCUCCACCAGGCUGGCAUUAUGGUGUCUCUGGUUUUCAUCUGUCAACCAACACCCAUGCAUGUGCCCAAAUCCCAUCUGGUGCCACAUUGCAUCCCUGUAUGUGAGCCACUUCCCUUGUGCACUGAAUCUCCAUGGUCAAAUGGACCCAGCCAAUCUCAAUGUAGCAGCAAAACCAGAAAUCAUGCACAGGCCAAAACAGCAGUAGAAAAGCAGGACUGGCUGAUGAGGCAUGGCUUGAGGAUCGGGAAACUUGGGUUCCCUUUGCUCCUCUGCCUUGGACCCACUGUGUGACCUUUGGCAAAUCAUAUGACCCUUCUCUGCCUCUAUCCACCAUCUCUGAAGUGGGGCUGGCACCUUCAUCCACAUGCUCACGCCCUCUUCUGUUCAGGUGUCUGGAGAUCCUUUGCUGAGACCCUGGAGAAAGGUUGCACACUCUUAUGGAUGCUGAUGACCACCAGAACCCUAUAACUUGCAUCCCUGAGAGGCCUGGCCCUCUGUGGCACCAGCAGCAUGUCACAUAGCAUGGGAAAGGCUUAAUAGGCCUGGAGCUGAGCACUUCAGAUGCUGUCUCUUGCCUGCGGGUGCAGGGCAGGAGGGUUGGGAGGGAAGGAAUCCUGCUGGCCACAAAGUGAGAGCUCUGCAGAUUAGAGAGGCUGGGGGGCAAGAGGCUCUUCAGUCAAGCCUCUAGAGGUCUGCUCCCAGCAUCAUCCAUCCUGGGUAAGGCGCUUUGGGGCUUUUAGGAGCACUUGGGAGUGGAGGGGGGCGGAUCUUGGAACACCUAGAGUCAGGCCUCUCUGCCUUAGUUUCCCCAUCUGUCGUUGAGGAGAAGGAUAUUAGGGCCAUGGGAGUUCUCUAGUGACAGGUGGGCCCGCCCUGCAUCCAAGUCACUGACGGCAGGUUCUGGUGUUUUGUGCCCGUGCUGGCAAUGAAAAGAGGCUCCUGGGGAUCCUGGGAUAUGCCAAGCACCACUUGUCCCUCAGGCAGCCAUUGCACAAGUGCCCAGACCAUGUAGCAGGGCCACUACAAACUGCUGCCUGUGUCAUGCUCUCAGGCCAGCAGCCAAGCCAAGCUGCUGUUUGCCCUGUGCUGCCAUGCUGCUGCACAGAGCCUGCAGUUCCUCCCCAUGCUGGCUGCCUGCUGGCUUACAUGGAAGCAGUGCUGCCUUGUGCACACAGCCAGAGUGCCAGCAGGUGAUACAACCAAUGCCACUGGCACAGGGCAGCCACCUGGCAGAGGGAAGUCCAUCUGUGCUGCGUGCCAUGGGCUGUGGCCAGAGCCUGCCAGGCCAUGGCUGGUGUGUUCCUUACUUGGGUGACUGCAGCCUCUGGAAGUGAAGGCCUGUGAUGGGGUGUCCGUGGCGCCGCCCUCCCCACCACUGCACAACAGCACAACGCGGCGCAGGUGCUCUGUAUGGGAAUGUACAAUAAAGGCAUCUUGUA